AUGAGCGAACACAUUGAAACACCUGCUUUGUAUGGAGGAAAGAAAGCCCAUAGUUUACAGGCGCAGGUGUCAAGCGCGUCUCAAUCUGAUCCAUCGAUGAGCGAUACGUCGCAAGCCGAUGACAUUCCACACGAAGUAAUAUCAAGUCAAUCCCCUACAAUUUACCUAAAGGGUGCAAGACUUCACAUGAUAACAGCUGCGUUCGAAACUCUAAUUUUUCUAUCUCUUUUUAUCACCAAUCUCGAAAUCCCGAUCGUUACAACCUCUUUAGUUUCAAUUACAGACGACUUGAACUCUUUCAAUCAAGUCAAUUGGAUUGCAUCCGCCUACAUGCUGGGCGAAGUUAGCAUGCUUAUGAUUUGGGGCAAGCUCAGUGACAUAUUCGGCAGAAAGCUAUGCACAGUUACUUCUAUCGGUUUAUUUACUAUAUUUGCAGGAGCAUGCGGAAGUUCUCAAUCUAUGACACAGCUCAUAAUUUUUCGAGCAUUUCAAGGGAUUGGUUCGGGAGGUAACUUUGCACUUGGUAACGUAAUACUUUUUGAGCUGGUGCCCAAGAAGUUAUACACGAGAUAUACAAGCUUUAUAUCGAUCGUCUACUCGAUUUCAUUUUCACUUGGACCUGUAUUAGGCGGGGCACUCAACCAUUCCAAAACUUGGAGAUGGGUAUUUUUAUUGAAUGUGCCCGCUGGAGCUCUUUCCGCUCUUGUGAUUGUUCUCUAUCUCCCUGCUAAAUUCCCAAAUCACGAACGCGACGAAGCGUCUAAAGGUUUUGGAUUCAGAUCGAUGUUCUCAACAAACGUUUUCAAACGAGUUGAUCUCCUCGGUGCUGUAAUACUACUGGUUGCUAUCGCUCUCUUAGUCACAGCGCUCGAAGAAGCUGGACAGUUAUACGAUUGGAAGUCGGCAUUUGUAAUUGCUCUUCUAACAGUAUCCUGUAUUUCUUGGGUUGGUUUUGUUUUUUGGGAGCGACUGGUGAGCUUAGAAUCACAAACAGCUGAGCCAGUGUUCCCCUGGAGGCUCAUGACUAGCCGAAUUUGGAUUGGAAUGAUACUUAAUGCAGUUUUCUUGGGUAUUCCAUACUUUGUUACUAUCUUCCAGCUUCCUCAACGAUUUCAAGUGGUUGACAACACCACGGCUCUCAAUGCAGCGUUCCGGCUCAUUCCAUUCACGCUAUUAUGCCCUGUUGGGUCAAUAGUAUCCACUGUGGUAGCUGGGAAAGCUAAAGUUCCACCUAUCUUUUUGAUCAUGAUAGGUUCCGGUUUACAGAUAGUCGGCUUUGCGCUACUUUCCACUCUAACCGUUUCAGAGGUAACACCAGUAUCGCAAUAUGGGUUUCAAAUAAUCGCAGGUUUUGGUGUGGGCAUUAAUCUCUCGACUUUGCUCUUGAUCACACCGUAUUCUAUAUCUGAGCCUGCUGAUAAAGCCGUUGCUGUUAGUUCCAUAACACAGUUUCGAAUACUGGGUGGUGUUCUUGGUAUUGCAAUUGCCACUGCAGCAUAUAAGAGCAACAUUAUAUCAAAUCUUGACAAGAUAUUGACCAAAGAGCAAAGAUCACUCAUUCUGGAAUCAACCUCAAUGAUUAAGACGUUCAAUCCAAAGGUCCAAAUGCAAAUUCGCGAAGUCUUCGCUGAAGGUUAUAAUCUACAAUUUCGAAUUUUGGUUGCAUUUGCUGCCGCACAGAUCCCAUCAUCACUACUGAUGUGGCAGGAAAAGCAAAUCGUAGUCUGA